AUGGUCUCUCUUGGAUCCCUGUCUGCUGUGCUCGCUGUGGCCUUUGCAGGGCUGAGCGUGGCUGCUCCGCUAACUCAGGUCUCGUCUGGAGUCCUGCAGGAUCUGACCCUGUUCGCGGAAUACUCUGCCGCAUCAUACUGCACGGUCAAUAUCAACUCCACCGGGAACAAGGUGGUCUGUUCGGCUGGAAACUGCCCGUUAGUUGAGCAGGCCCAUACGGAAACCCUCCGAGAAUUCCACGAGCGCAAUGAGUUCGGAGACGUCGCCGGAUUCCUGGCCGCAGACGCAACCAACAAACUCAAUUGUCCUGUCUUUUCGCGGAAGCCGGACGCUGGAUACCUGGAUUGCGACCCUGGAUUUCGGCCUUACCGCGGUAGACGGCCUCUGUCUGCACUGGCUGCGAAGCGCACUCUGGGUUUGUCUUCUCCUCGUCUUGUGGGAUACUAUCGUAGGACUGGUUUGGUCGUGGUUCGGAUAUUGAGGUGAUUGAGGGAGUGGGAUCAACUAAAGGGAAUGCGGGAGAAGUUAUGCAGAGUAUUUCGGCGCAUAGUUGGUAUAUUGUUGAGAUC